UGAGAUGAGAGGCCGCUUCGCUGUCAAUCAUACGAUGUGCUCGCUGUCAAUCUAGUGUGACCACGCCCUCAUGUCAGCUAUGACCACACCCUCAAGUCCAAGAUGAAGUCUGUAGCACUGAAAGACGGCCAGUAGAAACUAACUAACUAAACUUAACUCAUAUUAUUUAUCUCAAGAAGUCUUGUAGCCUAUAAAUAACUUUAAUAUGGCUGAAGAAGUGUUAAUUAUUAGUCCAGGCAAAAUAUCAUCGCAUCUUACCUCAUCUCUGCUGGCAGUGGCUUUCCUUACCUCCUUUGGUAGCUCAAUGCUGUAUGGUUACAACUUAGCUGUGGUCAACUCUCCUGCCGGGUACAUUAAAGACUUCUAUAACCGUACAGUGGUAAGUCGCAAUGGAACUGGAUUAAACGAGGAGGCCCUGACGCUCAUGUAUUCACUCACCGUUUCUGUGUUUGCGAUUGGAGGCCUGAUCGGCUCUUUGAUGGUGGGCACUCUGGUCACCAAAUUUGGAAGGUAAGUCAGGAGGAGACCCAUAACAUCUGGCAUGGUGUGGUCACUCUGCCAGGAAAUCCUGUCUCAAGUGUCAGGGCCACCGAGGUAGAUUCUUCCUCAUCUGUCACCUCACCUGACCGCACUGAACGACUUUGCCUUUGC